CUUGGUGGAAGCCCAGAUGAUGCUAAAGAGGUCAUGAGAGAUCCAUUCUUUUCCAAAGUCAACUGGGAUGACAUCCUUCACAAGAGGGUAAGAGGCAGACCUUCCAACGCUCACAGUUUGACUCAACCCACGGUCUCACAAUUUAGCUUUCAAAUCUUACGGUGGAUCAGAAAAUCAUAAAAUUGCCAGACAGUUCUGGUGGGAAUUGCAUAAUUUUAAAAAACUGUCUUCAUAAUGGGUGGAUUGUAUCAAUCUAAUUUUGGGGGAAAGCCUGAGUUCAAUAGACCCUUUGCAGCUAGCCAAUCACGUGGUACAAAACCGCCGUACUGGAAAGCAAAAGUCGCACUGGGACAAGACCAACAAAGGAAAUUACCAUUUAAAAUUAUGUAUGCUUUUUGUUUGUCUUAUCCCAGGGCGACUUUUGCUCUCCAGUACGGCGGUUUUGUACCACAUGAAUGACUAGGUACAAAGGGCCUAUUCCAACCUCAUUUCCGUAAAAUGUAGGUUCGCUAAGGUCUGGGGAAAAGCUCUCACUUCGCCACCCGGUGGCCUAUCUACCUGUAUAGUAAAACAGAAUCUUCUCAUUGCCAAAACAAGAGAGUACAACAGAGACCACUUACGCUAGGUAAAGAAUACCAUGAAAAGAAUAUUCUGCCUUUUUGGUUUUUCUUGACAUAUUUUGUAAUAUUUUACUUGUAAUAUAUUUUGGGGAGCUUUUUUUCAAACCCUUCAGAUUUGCAUGGUUUAGGGGUUGGAAGGUUUGAAGAGGCAAUAUCAAAUUUUAUUGAUAGUUGCUCUAAGUAUCUUAAAAUGUCUUCAUUUUCUCCUGGAAAUCAAACUUAACAGCACAGGACUUAAAAUUAACGGGGAAUUAGGGCAAUUUCCCUUGCCGAUUUCUGGGUCAAAUCUGCACUGUAAAGACAAGUUUGCAGGAAAAACGAGCCUGGAUUCAACAAACUCUUAUAAAACUGUACAUUCAACCAUUGCACAGCAUAAAUAAAAAUUUUUAAGUGAAGGGUGAUGCUAACUUGAGGGAUUUCUAAAAAUUUGAUGUUGAUACCGCAGGUUAAGCCCCCUUUCAAGCCAGUAGUAAAGUUUGACACUGAUGUUUCUAAUUUCCACGAAGACUUCACCCGCGAACCAGUCAAACUGUCACCCCCUGAAGGUAAG